GGGGCUUGUGGUCGCGGAGCGCGGACUACGAGCCCCAGGGCCCCGCGCGCGGUUCCGGACAACGCCUGGUGUGUGGUAACACCGCGGAUCUUCCUCCUUCUCCUCCUCCUCCUCCUCCUCCUCCUCCUGCUCCUCGCGGGCGCUUCCGGCGCGGCGGCGGCGGCGAAGCCCCUCGGGAGCAGCGGGGGCUCGGCGGGCCGGGGCAGGACAAUAGAUUUCCCAAGUUCUUCAAGUAUUCUUGCACAACGAGGAAAAAGAAGAGACAUUUCAGUGAAUGAGGAGUUUUUUGCUUCUAUAGUGUUUUCCUUGAGAAGUGGCUCUUUGAAUGAGGAUGACAAUGGAAGAGAUGAAGAAUGAAGCAGAGACCACUUCUAUGGUUUCCAUGCCUCUCUAUGCUGUUAUGUACCCUGUCUUUAACGAGCUAGAAAGAGUAAAUCUAUCUGCAGCUCAGACACUGAGAGCAGCUUUUAUUAAGGCUGAAAAAGAAAAUCCAGGUCUUACACAGGACAUCAUCAUGAAAAUUCUGGAGAAGAAGAGUGUGGAUGUGAAUUUCACAGAGUCUCUUCUGCGUAUGGCAGCUGAUGAUGUAGAAGAGUAUAUGAUUGAAAGACCUGAACCUGAAUUCCAAGAUCUUAAUGAAAAGGCACGAGCACUUAAACAGAUUCUUAGUAAGAUUCCAGAUGAGAUCAAUGACAGAGUGAGGUUUCUUCAGACAAUCAAGGACAUUGCAAGUGCAAUAAAGGAGCUCCUUGACACAGUAAAUAAUGUCUUCAAGAAAUACCAGUACCAGAACCGGCGGGCACUUGAGCAUCAAAAGAAAGAGUUUGUAAAAUACUCCAAAAGUUUCAGUGAUACUUUGAAAACCUAUUUUAAAGAUGGAAAGGCAAUAAAUGUGUUCAUAAGUGCCAACCGACUAAUUCAUCAAACCAACUUGAUACUCCAGACCUUCAAAACUGUGGCCUGAAAACUGUAUAUGUUGAGAGUUGUACUUUUCAAUGGUGGAUAGGGUACCUUUAUAUGUAAAUUUUAAAGUUUUGACUGUAUAAAUUAUCAGCCCCUCUCAAGGGGCCUAAUGCAGGAUUUUGAAUGGGAUUAUUGCCAUCUUACACCAUAUUUUUGUAAAACAUUGUAGCUUAAUCAUAAUCUCACAAGAAAGAUUUUGCAUCACUUUUUGCUAUUAUCAUUCUUUUCAGAAUUAUAAGCCAAAAGAAUUUACGCCUUAAUGUGUCAUUAUGUAACAUUCCUUACAAGAAUUGUAAAUAUUUGGUGUUCUGUUUCUGACAUUUUAACUUGAAAGCGGAAAACUGCAAGAUUAUGUAUUUAACAAUAUUGGUGGCAAAUAUUCAAUAAAUAGUUUACAUCUGUUA